AACCACCCCCUCUGCUUUCAGGCGGAAGUGAGUUCGCUCCUUUGGAGAUUAAAAGGAUUCCGAACUCUGGAUCAGUUUCAAUAACAGGCAUCCUGAAAGAGGCGGAAUGCGAGCACGUCGGCGCCCUGCAAAAGCCAUGCUCACCUAAAUCAACGUAAGGGAGGGAAUUAAAUGACCAUUUUAAAAAAGCAACAAGCCCCGGAGCCGCACAAGAGGGAGAAACCACCCAUCCUCGACCGCGAUGGCUCUGUUGGAAUCAAACGCGUUUGUCUUUCUCUCUUGGGAUCUCGGUGUUCCUGCAUACUGUUAAUUCAAACCCAGGGCCGGUUCUCUGUUGUGAGGUUGGAAUUCUGGUGGUCGUGGGAGCGUAAACUCCGGAUUUUUCUUUGAAAGAGGAACACUGAAAGCUUUUAAAGGAGCCCCCCCCACCCCCCAGAACACCAUGCGAAGAGACGAAAUGACAAAGGAAACGUGAUCCCAGACAUUGCAGUGACUCAGGCGGGUGAAAGAACCAGAGAGAGAGAAAGAGAGAGAGGAGGCAAAGGGGUGGGUGAAUACGGGGCGGGAGGGGGUGUCGGAGCGUGGGGCCGCUCGGAUAGCAUUGCACCGCAGUUCCAAUUUGUGCAAGCGAAUAUAAUACGCCCCCCAUGAAUAAUUCAGGGCGGCUGGCCGGGACCUGCCGCUGCUGCCCUUCUCCCAGGAGGCUUCUUUCGCUGGUCUAAGCGCGUGUGCGCCCAAGCGAGAGGGGAGAAGACGACCGCGUGCACGCUGCUGCUGGCGCUGCCCUGGCGGUGCUGGAGGGAAAGAGCUGGCCAAGGGCACCCCAAGAAAGGAAGAGGGGAGCCUAAUCGAUGUGAUCACCCGAUCUCCCCGGAGGGACUCGGUUGGAGACCUGGGAAAGGGGUGGAGCGGCCAAGAAGACAGGAUCCCCAGCGUCAGAUCGCCGCCUCGUUCUCUCUCACACACCCCUUUCUCUUGUGGAAGCCCGCUUGCUCAUACGCCGCUACGCCGCUGGGAUCGCCAUCUCUGCUUCCCGCUCCUCAGACAUGCGGUGGUGGAGCCGGCGUGGGCGGAUCGGAGCCGGCGGAGCCUGCCUAGGCCACUUGUGUAUCUCCCGAAGCCUCCUGGAGUCCCCAAGAAGAGAUAAGUGAACCAAAAUAUCUCCCCCCCCCUCCGCUCCCCCGGCCUGGCUAAGAGAAAGUCCUCCUCCCCGCGUCGACAUCUACCUCUUCUCUUCGAGCUUCUCUGAUACCAACUAGAAGAAGAGCCGGACCCAGCAGCUCCCUUCCACCCCUCCCUCCCCAACCCAAUUUUUCCGAUAGAAGGAAUCGAAGGAGAGCCGCCUGGAUCCAGUUCACGCUGGAUUUACAGGGGAAGGGGCCGAUGCGCUUUUCUGCUCCGGGGGAUCCCUCUUGCAUACCACCGCUCGCCCACCACGCCGUCCAAGAAGUACUGAGCCAGAAGGAGGGAGGGGGGCGGCCUCGGGGACAGCCUUCAGGCCCUCCGUGUACUUUUGUGAGGGGCGACACAUGAGGAGCGCUUGUGGGGUCUGAAGUGGCUUAAAGACCAGCGGGAAGGGGAGGGAGGGAGGGAGGAAGAGAGCAACUGGCUGAAACCGCUCCCGGCUCGCCAAGCCCGCGAAGAGGAGGCUCCAGCAGCAGCAGCAGCAGCGGUAGCCGUCGCAGCGCCCCCACACAGCGCCUAAUUGAUGCCACCCACCAGGGCUUGUAAAGCGGGUCGCCGCCGCUCGCCUCAGUUCAUGCUGCCUCCUUGCUAGCCAAGCGCGCGCUGCGCUGCCCCCUCCCCUUCUGCCCAAUGGCUUCGUUCCCCGAGUCGGAUUUCCAGAUCUGCCCGCUGUGCAAGGAGAUGUGUGGCUCGCCGGCUCCCAUCUCGUCCAACUCGUCCACCUCCUCGUCCUCUUCGCAGACCUCCAACUCCUCCGGAGGAGGAGGAGGAGGAGGGGGCGGCGGCGGCGGCUCGUCGUCGUCUUCCUCUUGUGCCCCGUCGAGGCGCCUGCACGUCCUGCCCUGCCUACACGCCUUCUGCCGCCAGUGCCUGGAGGCGCAGCGCCACCCCACCGCGGGGGACUCGCUCAAGCUGCGCUGCCCCAUCUGCGACCAGAAGGUGGUGAUCUCGGAGCCGUCGGGCAUGGACGCGCUGCCCUCCUCCAACUUCCUCCUCAGUAACCUGCUCGACGUGGUCGUCGUGGCCGCUGCCGCCGAGGACCAAAAGAACAACGGCCGGCCCAGCGGUCCGGGCGGAGGCAGUGGGGGCGGAGGAGGAGGCGGCGGCGGCGGCCCGGGAGGAGGCGGCGGCGGCAGCGGCCCGGGAGGGGGCGGCGGGGGAAGCAACAGCAGCACCAACAACCGGCACCACCAUCCCCGCCAGCAGCAAGCGCAGCAGCAACACCGCGUCUCGGCGGGCGGCUCGUCGCCAGGCUCGGGGGCAGGCUCGGCGUCGUCGGGGGGAGGCGGAGGCGCCUCGCUGCUGCUCCGGCAGCCCCACAGCCGGCAAGGCGAGCCCCGCUGCAGCUCGUGCGACGAGGGCGCCGCCGUCAGCUCCCGCUGCCUCGACUGCCAAGAGCACCUGUGCGACAACUGCGUGCGCGCCCACCAGCGCGUCCGCCUCACCAAGGACCACUUCAUCGAGCGCUUCGGCCCCGGACCGCCCGCCUCCGCCGGGCCCGGGCCCGCGGCGGCAGCAGCAGCAGCCGCCGCCGCGCAGCUCGCCCUCAGCCAGCCCUAUUCCGCCGCGCCUUACAACAUCCUCUCCGUCUUCCCGGACAGGGUCAACUACUGCCAGCAUCAUGACGACGAGGUGCUGCAUUUCUACUGUGACACUUGUUCUGUUCCCAUCUGCCGGGAAUGUACCAUGGGACGGCAUGUAGGUCACAGCUUUAUCUACCUCCAAGAUGCCCUGCAGGACUCCAGGACCCUUACCAUUCAGCUACUAGCUGAUGCUCAACAGGGACGCCAGGCCAUUCAGCUCAGUAUUGAGCAAGCCCAAGCUGUAGCAGAACAAGUUGAGAUGAAGGCAAAGAUGGUACAAUCUGAAGUGAAGGCCGUGACAUGCAGACACAAGAAGGCCCUAGAAGAAAGGGAAUGCGAGCUGCUAUGGAAGGUGGAGAAAAUCCGGCAAGUGAAAGCUAAGUCACUCUACCUCCAGGUGGAAAAGUUGCGUCAAAACCUAAACAAGCUAGACAACACCAUAAGUGCGGUCCAGCAGGUCCUAGAGGAAGGGCGGAGCAUGGAUAUCCUCUUGGCUCGAGACCGCAUGCUCACUCAGGUACAGGAGCUGAAGAAUGUCAGGGGCUUCCUGCAGCCUCAAGAGGACGACAGGGUCAUGUUCACGCCUCCUGAUCAGGCAUUGUUUAUGGCCAUCAAAUCCAUGGGGUUUGUCAGCAGUGGGGCUUUUGCUCCUCUGACCAAAGCCACUGGGGAAGGUCUCAAACGUGCACUGCAAGGCAAAGUGGCCUCUUUCACAGUAAUAGGCUAUGACCACGAUGGCGAGCCUCGCCUUUCGGGAGGAGACAUGAUCUCUGCUGUGGUCAUGGGGCCUGAUGGAAAUCUCUUUGGAGCAGAUAUUGGUGAUCAGCAGAACGGAACCUAUCUAGUCAACUACAGGCCACAGAUGGAGGGAGAGCAUCUGAUCUCGGUCAUGAUGUGCAACCAGCAUAUAGAAAAUAGCCCAUUCAAGGUUAUGGUAAAAUCUGGGCGCAGCUAUGUUGGCAUUGGACUACCAGGGCUUUGCUUUGCUAGCGAAGGGGAUAGUGAUGGCAAGUUGUGUCGUCCUUGGGGAGUUAGUGUAGAUAAGGAAGGCUAUAUCAUUGUUGCCGAUCGCAGCAACAACCGUAUCCAGGUCUUUAAGCCCUGUGGUGCUUUCCACCACAAGUUUGGCACCUUGGGCUCCAGGCCUGGCCAGUUUGAUAGGCCUGCCGGCGUCGCUUCCGACUCAUCGCGGAGGAUUGUUGUGGCGGACAAGGACAAUCAUCGCAUCCAGAUCUUCACCUUUGAUGGCCAGUUCAUUCUGAAGUUUGGGGAGAAAGGAACCAAGAACGGGCAGUUCAAUUACCCAUGGGAUGUAGCAGUGAACUCCGAGGGCAAAAUCCUGGUGUCCGACACAAGGAAUCAUCGGGUUCAGUUGUUUGGGCCUGACGGAGUGUUCCUGAACAAGUAUGGUUUUGAAGGGGCACUCUGGAAGCACUUUGAUUCCCCGAGGGGUGUGACAUUCAAUCACGAGGGCCACCUAGUUGUGACAGAUUUCAACAAUCAUCGUCUACUUGUCAUACAUCCCGACUGCCAGUCAGCACGCUUCCUUGGAUCCGAAGGCACAAAUAAUGGCCAGUUUCUGCGCCCACAAGGUGUGGCGGUAGAUCAAGAAGGUCGUAUCAUUGUGGCAGAUUCCAGGAACCAUCGUGUACAGAUAUUUGAGCCGAAUGGUAGUUUUUUAUGCAAAUUUGGCACUCAGGGAAGUGGCUUUGGUCAGAUGGACCGUCCUUCAGGUAUUACUGUCACCCCAGAUGGCAUGAUUGUUGUGGUUGACUUUGGAAACAAUCGAAUUCUCAUCUUCUAAUCUGUGCUUAUCUGUACUAGGAAGAAACUGUCUCAGGGAAAAUCCUUUUAAGAGAACACACAAAAAUUACAAUGUUAGUUCAAACCUACCUCAUCUUUAAUUUUUAUAGAUGAAUGUACUUCCCCUUUUAUCUGCAGGGAGUUAUCCUGUGAUAUUAUAAACUCUUAUCUACCUCAUUAUCUUUGUGUUCCUUUACCUCUACAGUAUACAAACUGCAGUAUACAAUUGACCUUUUUUUCCCUGGAUGGAACAUCCUGCACAAACCUGUUUCUGUGCACACUAGGUGGCUUGUGUGGUAAACUCUGUAGACUCUGCCAAAAAGGCACACACAUCUUUAAAAAGAAGAGAGAGAAAAUCCAGUAGUUCUAGUGAUUUUUAAUUUUGUGUUCUGAUCAUACCUGGGGUGUGUGUGUGUGUGUGUGUGUGUUUUGGAGGGGUGAAGGGGCUUAUGUUUUUAGAUGCUGCUGCAGCAGAGAACACAUUUCUUGUUCUCCUUUUUAUACCUCAGUGCAUUUGGCAUACUGUUCAGCAUAAUAUCUUGUUUCCAAAAGAUGUUGGUUCGGUUUUCGCCCCCAGAAGUGGGAUAGGAUUCACCAAGAAAAAGCUAGGGUCUUUUUUAUUAUGUUUGCAUGUAUAUUUUGAAAAAGCUAGUAACUCCACAGCGUGCCACCCACCCACAAGCUGUUAAGAAAAUGCACAAAUGUUUUAAUAUGUUAACCUUAUUUGGUGGCAAAGGGCCACAUAGAAAGUGUUUCUCAAGGUCUGGAGUCAUCAAGUCUGCCUGUUCUGGCAGCAGCCCUCCUCACUGUUGGAUAAGCUGCUCCUCAAAGUUUGGAACUUUGGGAAUGACCUCUGCAGCAUGAGGAGCUGCUGCUGGAUGUUUGGGGCAGGGGUGUGUGCGUGUGCGUGCGUUGUGUGGCAGUGAAUGCAGGAGCAAGCCCAGAGCAAUUGUGGUACACCAAUGCAAGCCUUCUCAGUUACAAAAGGAGAUUUUUGGAUUGUAGCUUUGGUAUAGUUGGCUAUCCAAGUUGAAUGAGGAUUUCCUUUUGAGCUUGUAACUUUCUUGUAGCCUUUUGGUCAGCUAGUAUUUUUUAAAAGACCCCUCUUCCCCCUUACACUAUGUAUGUGUUGUCCGUAUGUGUAUCUAGCAUGGUGAUCUGUGGCAGUUGUGUUGCCUGCUGGCAGUGAGCCAAAUACUUGAGUGUAAUGUUCUGUUUCUUCUGAAGAGGCAAACUGUUUUGAAAGUUUGUGUUGAAGAAUUAACUUUUUUUUAAGCAUAGCUCUCUUUAGAGAAGUAUAUAAUAUUUCAGAGUUAAAGAACAGCACAAAUUUGGAAACUCAGGAUGUGUUUCAGCAGCCCCAGAUGAAGGAAGACAUAUUGUCAUAACUAAAUCUUCUAACUGACUUGGCCAUUUUUGCUUCCUGCCUCUUCCAGCCCUUCUCUUCCCUUAACCCUUUGAAUGGAACAUGUACAUGGGAAAUUUAUCUUGCGAAGACACCCAUGUCGCUCCUUCUGUAGGAGCAGAGAUUAUAGGUGGAAAGAAAACCGCUGUAAACCCUACCUCAUUUGCUCCAGCGCCAAAGAAUGCCAUGUGAAAUGGGGGUGCAGUAUCUAAAACCAAAACUGAGUGACUUGAAUCUAAUUAGCCACACAAUUUAGCACUGAAAAGGUCCAAGCAUUCUUGUACUUCUCCAAGAAGAAUUCUCCAAAUUUCUUGUUCCAAAUCAUAGGAAUGUGAUUCCUUCUGUGUUGUGUCCUUCAGUAUGCAUUUUACCAUCUUAAGACACAUUCCUCUGUUCUUAUUUGGGAGUAAGCCCCAUUGAUCCCAAUAUGGCUUACUAUUGAGCAAGUGUGUGUUGGAGUGUGUAGCGAUCUAAAGAGCUAUAUCUGUCCCUCUCUUGCCUCUCAACCAGGAUCUUGGCUGAGAAGCUGAAAUGCUGAUAUAGUCAAUCUGGAUAUUUCCAGUGUAGCAAUGAGACUUUGUCCUUUUUGUAUUAUCCUAGAUUACCAUUAGCAAGGAAUAGUAAACAAAAGCUGUGGUGAUUUAACAUGCAGGCUGACAUGCCCUAAUGUCCUACUCCGAUGUCCUAACUAAUGUCCUACUCCGAUAUAGCCGUUACUGGCCAGAUACAGUCAUGGGGUCUCUGUACUAACAAAGAUGUUGUGAGUUGCACUUUUCAUGUUUUCCAAGAAGUUUAAUUUUUAGAUGUUAAGAAGCUGUAUUCUGUCCUGUAAUUGGACUGCAGACUGUAGAAAAGACAGAAAACUUGUGACCCUCUCCCUACCUGGCAAAUUGGAGGGUGCCCCAUUCUAGAUGGCUUAAAUUGGGGGACAUUUCUGUACUACCACUGAGAACUAAUGCACAUAUGACAGGAAAAUUCCUUUGGUCACUUUCAUUUCCCCUCUGCCUUAUGCUUGGCUGCUCUUGUUAGUUGGCCAGAUGUCCUAUGUUGGCAUGUUCAGAUACUAUGUAGCUGAUCCUUUUCAAUGUGGUAUUUCUGAGAAAGGGAGAACCCAGUGGUAUGGGACAAAACAUUAUCUUGUGACAAAUAUAAUUGCAGCCAUAUACUCCUGUUACAAGCAGUAUACAUAUUUUCAGUCUGCCACAUUAUUCUUGGAAGGUUGUACUUCUGCUUUGAGGGUCUUUUGGUCAGAACACCAACUAUCUUAUUUCCUUCUGAAAAUGUAGGUGGUAGAUUUUUAGCUGAAGACUCCGUGUAAUUAUCCAACUGAGUGAGUGAGUAAGAUAGAGAGUAUGUGUGUGUGAAGUUAAUGGGAUUUUUUGGUCAAUGGGUUGAGGAAAGGGGUAGAACAUGGAUACCAUGCAGUGCCCAUGUGGUGAUCCUAGAUUAAUAUGAUCGUCAUGUAAUGUUUGUGAAGGCACCCCAGGUUGGAAAAUUUGUUUGUGACUAAAGCUGAGAAAUAAGGUUAGAUUUCCAGAUAUAGCUACCAAAGAGAACUGGUUAAAAAGCUUUAAUUCUAGAGUUGGCAGAAUCCUGUGUAUUGCAAAGCAAAUGCUUAGCUUUCCUCUUCUACUGGGGUUUACCCCCUUUAUUUCUUGUAAAAGAAGCUACUUCUAGUAUGAGUGUGUUGAAUCCCUUUGUGCCAUUCCAUCCUUUCAUGCUGUGGAAAGCCACUGGCUUGUGGAAAUAUGUUAAGCUUCAUGACUUUUGUAUGUGUGUGCUGCACAAGCUUGGAGAAGCCAGAAAUCUCUUUACUUGUGGAGAAGAAAUGUGUUUCUUUCUUCCAUAAAUAUGCUACUUUCCUCUGCUGGUGGAUCUGUGUUUUGGCACAAAGUCAAAGCAAAAUAGUAUCAGAAAAUAUUUCCAGUUUGCAUAUCCAAAAAGCUUUUAAAAAAAUUUAAUCUGCUGCUGCUUGUCUACCCACAGUGACUCUGUACUGCUACCACAGUAGGUAGUGCAAAGCACACACCUUGUCCCACUUGAAAGUAUUAGUAUCACUUCUGAUGGAGUGUUUUUAUAAUGCUAUGAAGCUAAGUAGUAUAAUAGAGGCAACACGUAAUGCCAGCAUAAAAUGCCCCUUAAGGGGAUUGGUUUUUAUUGGAGAUAUAACUGACAGGAUUUGAAGUCCAUCUGUUUGCAUGCUAGUGGGCUUAUUUGGUAAUCCAGAUCCAUCGAGAUGGAGUACAAAACAGGGCUACCGUGUAAGCACGGGUUUGAAAAUGGGCUGCAAACUUGUACUUAAGCUAGUAAACCUGGACAGGAAAGAAGUGAGGUAACUGUUUUACUACUAUCUGAAUCUGAGAAGACAGUUGUGCACUAAAACACUUGCAAAGGAAUUUGAGCUGUGUUAUAAACUGUCUCUCUUUUUUGCUCUGCCCCAAAUAUUUUCCAACAGAUUCUUACUGCUCUCCUGAUUUCAGCUUUGUGAAUCAAAUGGUCUGCCAGCCAAAUAUUUUCCAGUUACCUCUUGCUGAAAGCCCAAUAGAAAGCUGUGUUGAUAAACAUAGCAGUACUUUCAGGAGGCUGAUUGUUACCCUUAAGUAUAACUUAUUUGGGGUAACCUUCAAAAACAAUACUAUAAAAUGCAGUGGGGACCUGAAAUAUUCUAUAAUUAUUUGCCCUAAUCAGAUCUGAGAAUAAAGGAGGCACCUUCCUUAUGGCAUUCCGUGGGAAUUGUAAAAGCUCAGUUCUGUCUGUUUUUGUUAAGCCAAAAUUAAUUUAUUGAAGAGAAGUCUCUCUGCUUGAUUUUUAGCCAUAUCUCUGAUUUCUUUUGAAGAUCAGGAGAUUCCUGUGUUCAGUUCUGGUUUAAAUUAAGAAGUGCCAAAGCAUUUUGUGGUGGUGUUUUAUUUUUAUUUUAAAGAUGAGUAUAUCCAAAUGGUGCCAAAAGGUAAUAAGGUAUUUUUAAAAAAGAAGGAAGGAAGAUGCACACACAGGUUGCCACUGUGUAAAAAUUAAACACUGGUACUUGCAUUAGACAAACACUGUUUUUGGUCCUUGAGUUCUCAGGGAAACAGCAGAACUCAGGUUGCUAUGGUACAAGAUGCCUGUACAAGUAUAUUUAAAGUUCUACCUCACUUUGGAGAAAGAAGCAAAGCAUCUACCUCAAAUGUAUCAUCAAAAAGUUAUUGAAGAAAGUGGUUUUUCAACAUGAGGAUAAAAGGGAUUGACUCUAGGUAGCAUAAUAAGGUUGUCUCUGCGUGCAUGCGUGUGUGUGUUUUUAGUCGAUAUACAUACAUAUAUUUAAACAUAAUGACUUUACAUGUGACUGCCUUUUCCCUCAAAAUGUUAGGCUGGCCAUGCUAAAGAAAGUGUAAAUAAAGAGGUGCUUUGGAAAUCUCAGGCAAAUCUACUGAUAAUCCUUCUCCAUGAACUGAUCGGCUAUAGGAAUUAUAUACUUUCCCAUCUCUUUCAGUGUUAUGACACAGUUGGCUGGCAUAGUGAACUGGCUCCUGUUUGCAGAGUUCUUGUGACCACAGAUCUCUUCUCUAGGAGAGAAGAAUAGUUUCUCUUUGUUCAUGCCUACAGGUAGCUUUUUAGAAAAUAACCUUGUGGAGACCUAAUAGGUCUGGCAUCAAAACUUUCCUUGGCAAUUGAGAUUUCAUCAAAGGAUACAAUCUAUAUUUAAAAACUAUUACAUAUGACUGAAGGGAAUGUGUGGGUGGUUUUCUUUCUUGAUUUUGGAAGCUUUAACACAACAGGAUGUUGAGGCAAUGAUUAAGAUACUCCUACCAGAGGCAGCUUAGAUGGGGCUACUUAGGGGCCUCAUCCAUUGUUUCUGAUAUCCAGCACAGCUAGAAAGGAAGCACAUGAGUGCAUUACAGGGGGGAAAUCUUCUAAAUCCUCACCUUCUUCCUCAGUCUUAUCAGUGACAAAUUGGAGAAAUGUGUACAGGAAACCACUAGUAAUUAUGCUGUGUUGAGCUUGGUAAAGGUUACAGUGGAAAAUGUACCUGCUUGUAUAUAUUUAAGUGAUCUUACGGGUUAACAAGCAAAGACUGGUUGGCAUUUGGUUUCUUUCCAUCACUGUUGAACCAUAAUGAUUGUUCUUCAGGAAGAAAUUAAAAGGAGCGGGGGGGGGGGGAAGCUUUGUGUACCUGCAUGGUCUUGGACCUCUUCAAUGAUUGUAUCAGCUUACAAACUCAGGUUGCCUUUUUAAAUUUUGUUUGAAGCUCCUUCGUCAGAGCUUUGGUGACUGAAUGUUAAGUAUAUGUAUUAGAUUAGAUGGCGUUCUUUAAGCCACCAAACCAGUAAGUUCCUUUUGGUAGCUUUAUAGAAUACUGCUCAGUCUAGAUAGUUUCUUUCCCAGGGAGAGAUUGUUUUUAGCCCCUCCCCUUAUGACGGUUUUUUAAAAAAAUAGUUAAUGUAAUGUGUGCUCAGUCACCUAGACUGUUUGGGGUGACGUUUCUUACUGUAUGUGAUAUUGCUUGUCUUGUGCCUCAUCUGUUGUGCAUCUGCUUAGAUGGUGAUUCACUUCUUGAAGUAACAAGUAGUGCAACAUGCCCUGGUAUGUGCACUUUGUUUUUUCUAAAGCAUCUCAGUAUUUUUCUGUGCCUAAAUAUAAAGCGGAUGGUCUAAGACCAAAAGAAAACAUGCCGCACAAUCAUGGAAAAUCUCUGCAGACUAAAUCCCUCCACUUGGUUUAUUAAAAAAACAAACCUUUGAUCUUGUAAAUUCAAAUUAUUCAAUAAAUUUUGUUUUAAUAGUUCAGGAUUCUGUAUAGAAAAGGUGCUUCUCUUGAGCCAGUUGCCUUUUAGUCGUUUGCUGCCCUGCUGCACACACUUUUUUUUUUUUUUUUGGUAUACCUGUUAGGAAAAGGCACAGCUGAACUCUCACAGGAGUGUCAUUUGUGUGUGCAUCAGUGUUCAACUUGGCCAAGUUAAUAAUUUUUCCUCUUUAAUUUUGAAGCCCCUAGGUUUUGGGGUUUUUUUGGAAAUGCAGUCAGUUGGCUGUUCUGAACUCUAAAGUUGCAGACUGUAGAGUAAAGCAGGACAGGUGAGGCACAACCUUUGUUUAAAUGGGCUAAAAAUAGUAGAACUUGUGUGUUUUUUAAUGGAGGCUUCUGAAUGUAUCUUUGCGGUCCAUGGAGAAGGCUGAAGGAUGUAGCAAGGAGACGAUGUAUCAGCUACUGGCAGCCUUAAAACAAAGUCAUUGUCUCUCUCUGGACUUUAAAAUGUUUCUAUGCAGUUUAUUUUUAUUUUUGUUUAAUCAAAUAAAUGUGAGUUUCACUUCA